UCAGUGAAGGUUGUGAAGGUAGUUCAGGUUGUGAGGUUGGAGAUUGUAGUGAUAUAAGUCAGGUAAUUAAUUUUUUGAUGAUUUGUAAGUUAAUUUAUAUUUGAGUACAAUAAGUUUAACCUAUGGUUUUUAAUAUGUCUAUUUGCAGAUUAGUUUCAGACAUUAUUGUAGAACACAAUAUAUUGGUUUGUUGAACAAGAAGUUAAGUGUGGAGCAAAAACAAUGUAUUCAACAAACACCAUUUUGGUGGUUUGUUUUGUUGCAUGAAAGAGUUAAGAUUAGUCGAAACCUUCUUUGUGAGUUAAGUAAUGUGUGGGUGGAGAGUAGAGGAGGUUUCAUGAUUAACUCCGAAUUUGUAUCAUUUAAGUUAUUAGAUGUAUGUGUAGGCCUUGGGUUGAGGGUUUAUGGAGAUAGAAUUGAUUUAGAGGAGGUUGGCGUUGAUAGUGUUUGUAGGAAGAAAUUUUCUGAAAAAAAGGUAACAAUUAGUAUGGUCUAUAAUUAUCUAUUGACUGAGUGUGAGUGUCUUGAUGUAGAAGAUUAUUGUCGGUUGUACAUUCUUUUAGGCAUUUCUGAGUUUCUGUUGCCUAAUAGAAAUGGAGCAGUGUUUGUUUCACUUUUUGGAAUUGUAGAUGAUUUGACUAGUCUUGUUAAAUAUAACUGGGGUGGUGUGGUUUAUUCGUAUUUGGUUGGUAGUUUGAGUUCUGCCUCAGUUGUUUUAAAGAAGCAAUCAGAUCAAAAACACUUCCAUGUUGUCGGAUGCGUAUAUUUAUUGCAGCUAUGGGCUUUUGAUCACUUCCUGUUUGUGAAGAGAAAGAGAGCAGUUAUUGAAUCCAAAUUUCCAAGGUUGUUGCGUUGGAUUGAUUACAAAGUUGGAGAUGUGUCCAUAAGAAAUAGUUUGAAAAAUAAUGUGAUUGUGCAUGAUCUUUGUCUUUCUAAGGAAGAAAUAAGCGAGUUAGUUGUGAAAGAAGCUUUAUCAAAAGGUGAUGGCGAGCGUGACAAAUGUAAGAGGAAAGAGUGUGGUGGAAUGAAAAAGAAGGAGCAGCUUAUGGGUGUAAUUGAGCAGCAAGAACAUGAUAUUCGUGAACUUGGUAGAGCGAUUGCUAAAUUGAAAUCAACUCUGGCUGAGAGGGAAAAUAGAAGUAAAGAUGAAUUUGUUUCUCCUGUGAAUUUGAAUGAAGUGGAUGUUCCAAGUGAAGCUGCAGAAGACAGAAAUGCAACCAACAGUGAUAUGUACGUGCGUAUGAGGAAUGAUCCACGGUUACGGUUGAAAAGCCGUUUAAUCCAAACUCCGUUCGCAGUUUAUAGUCGGAAGAAGAAAACGAUACCGAAAUAG